GUUUGCAGAGUUUCCGUCAUGCCGCUGGCUCUGAGUGCUGCUCGGUGAGGCAACAGCUCUGCUAUAAAUACAGCCGUGGUCUCUGGCGGCGCGGCGUUUGGGUUUCUGCUUCUGGAGUUUUUGUUUCUGAGCAGGAGGAGUUCAGAUCUGCUGCUUUCUGUUCCUCCUCCGUUCUGCUGCAGCCAUGGGGGACUUCUGGGGGGACAUUGCCACUCAGAGGGUGGCCCGAGGGAUGUCUCUGGGCAACGAUGAGGAGGCCGUGUUGGACCAGGGCAAGACCAGCUCCACCCUGCACACCAACUUUGAGAAGGAGGAGCUGGAGAUUAGUGGCGCCAUGAAGCCGUUAACCCAGCAGGUCUCCCCUGCAGCGUGGCUGAAGUUCGAGGAGGACGUGGAGGACGGCGGCGAGCGUUGGAGUAAACCCUACGUAGCCACUCUGUCCCUGCACAGCCUGUUCGAGCUGCGGUCCUGCAUCCUGAACGGCACCGUGCUGCUCGACAUGAGAGCCAACUCCAUCGAGGAGAUCGCAGACAUGGUGAUCGACAGCAUGCUCGCCUCCGGCCAGCUGGAGGAGGAGCUGCAGGACAAGGUGAGGGAGGCCCUGCUGAAGCGUCACCACCAUCAGAACGAGAAGAAGCUGAGCAACCGCAUCCCGCUGGUCCGCUCCUUCGCAGACAUAGGCAAGAAGCACUCCGACUCCCACCUCCUGGAACGGGAGGGCCUCUCCUCCUCACGCCCCUCCCUCCUCCGCCGCCCCUCCCAGGCCUCCUGCUGCACCCCUCCCCCGUCCCCCCGUGCAUCCUAUGUGUUUGGACGCCUCCUCUCUGGCCACUCCUCCUUCCCCCGCAGCGCUCCCACCCUUUACGGCCAGAACAGGCACCUGUCGGAGCCCCUCCCACCUGGACUGAGCCUGCCUCUUCAUGGCCACGCCCCCUCAGGAGGAGCUCCACGCCGCCGCUCUGCCCCGGAGAAGCUGAUUGGAGGAGAUGGGAUUCCUGAGGUGGACAUGAACUUCAUGAAGAAGAUCCCUCCUGGAGCGGAAGCCUCCAACGUUCUGGUUGGAGAAGUGGACUUCUUGGAACAUCCAAUAAUCGCCUUUGUCCGCCUCUCCCCGGCCGUGCUGCUGACGGGGCUCACUGAGGUCCCCGUACCCACCAGGUUUCUGUUCCUGCUGCUCGGCCCAUUUGGUAAAGGCCUGCAGUACCACGAGAUCGGACGCUCCAUUGCCACGCUGAUGACGGACGAGGUCUUCCAUGACGUGGCCUACAAGGCAAAGGACCGGAACGACCUGCUGUCCGGAAUCGACGAGUUCCUAGACCAGGUCACCGUGCUACCGCCAGGAGAGUGGGAUCCCAGCAUCCGGAUCGAGCCGCCCAAGAACGUCCCGUCUCAGGAGAAGAGGAAGAUACCGGCGCUGCCAAACGGCUCCACCCACUUCUCCGAAGCGGUGAAGGAGAUGGAGCAUCAUACGGGCCCAGAGCUGCAGAGGACCGGCAGGAUCUUCGGAGGCUUGAUGAACGACGUCCGCAGAAAAGCGCCGUUCUACUGGAGUGACAUCAAAGACGCGCUGAGUCUGCAGUGUUUGGCCUCCAUAUUGUUCCUGUACUGCGCCUGCAUGUCACCCGUCGUCACGUUUGGAGGGCUGCUGGGAGAAGCCACCAAAGGGAACAUCAGCGCCAUCGAGUCUCUGCUCGGGGCUUCCAUGACAGGUGUGGCCUACUCCCUGUUCUCCGGUCAGCCUCUCACCAUCCUGGGGAGCACCGGCCCGGUUCUGGUGUUCGAGAAGAUCCUCUUCACAUUCUGCUCGAGAAACAUUCGGUGCUUCAGUUUAAUUUUGUUCCUCCUGUUGCGUCUGCAGGUCAGGGCGACCAUCAGUGACUUCGCCGUCUUCCUGACCAUCAUGAUUAUGGUGCUGCUGGACUAUCUGGUGGGGAUUCCUUCUCCCAAGCUGCAUGUUCCAGACCGCUUCCAGCCCACCUCCAUCAAUCGGGGUUGGCUGAUAUCUCCGCUGGGAACGAACCCCUGGUGGACCUUGCUGGCUGCCGCCAUCCCGGCUCUGCUCUGCACCAUCCUGAUCUUCAUGGACCAGCAGAUCACCGCCAUCAUCAUCAACAGGAAGGAGAACAAGCUGAAGAAAGGCUGCGGCUACCACCUGGACCUGCUGGUGGUGGCCGUCAUGCUGGGCGUGUGCUCCAUCAUGGGCCUGCCCUGGUUCGUGGCGGCCACCGUUCUCUCCAUCUCCCACGUCAACAGUCUGAAGGUGGAGUCUGGCUGCGCCGCGCCGGGCGAGCAGCCCAAGUUCCUGGGGAUCAGGGAGCAGCGCGUCACGGGCUUCAUGAUCUUCGUCCUGAUGGGCUGCUCCGUCUUCAUGACGUCUGCGCUGAAGUUCAUCCCGAUGCCGGUUCUGUACGGAGUCUUCCUCUACAUGGGAGCGUCCUCGCUCAAAGGCAUCCAGCUGUUCGACCGUAUCAAGCUGUUCGGCAUGCCGGGGAAGCACCAGCCCGACCUCAUCUACCUGCGCUACGUGCCGCUGUGGAAGGUCCACGUCUUCACCGCCGUCCAGCUCUCCUGCCUCAUCAUCCUGUGGGUCAUCAAGGCGUCGCGCGCCGCCGUCGUCUUCCCCAUGAUGGUUCUGGCGUUGGUCUUCAUCCGGAAGCUUCUGGACUUCUGCUUCACUAAGAGGGAGCUGAGCUGGCUGGACGACCUGAUCCCAGAGAGCAAGAAGAAGAAGGACGACGAUAAGAAGAAGAAGGAGGCGGACGCUCAUUUGAUGAUGGAGGAGACGGAGGACGAGGCGCCCUACGAGCCACAGAGCAUCCUGAAGUUCCCCAUUAAAUCCCUGAAGGGACGCUCCGACCCGUCUGAGGUCAACAUCUCGGAUGAAAUGGCCAAAAGUGGAAUCUGGAAAUCCGUCUCCAAAAACUCUGAAGGAGGCAAAGGACUGAAACGCUGCAAAAGUCAGGAGAAGCUCCCCAGCGUCCAGAUCAGCGUGGAGGACGAGGACGAACAGAGGUUUGUGGACGCUGAGACGGCGUUAUGAUCCUUCAUCAGACGUCUGGAGGACAAUGUGGGCGGAGCCUGGAUGAGGACCAAUCAGCUUCCGGCUCGUUGUUCUCUGAACAGAAGCUCUUUUAUUUCCUCAUCGUUUUAUGGUGAAACAUGGAGACUCCUCAGGUUACUUUGGUUUUUACUUACAUGGUCCGCCGCUGCGCUCUGAUUGGCCGAACGCUGUACUCAGACUCAGACUCUGUUUGAUUUCGAUGCGCUCAGCUCCCGCCUCCCACAGACUGUUUAUUUAAUCCAACGUGCUGAUUGGUGUUAGUGUGAGAGAGAGGGUGUGUGUUUGUUCACCGUGAUGCCUGCAGGUCAAACCUCAGCACAUGUUUUCUAGUUUCUUUGUAAAUUUUUAAUAAAUCAGUUUUGA